AUGGUGCGUCAAAAGCAACCCAAAGUUUUAUUCUUGUGUGAAACGUUAUGUAAAAGGGAUAAGGUGGAGUGGGUUAGAGCAACUAUUGGUUUUGAAGGGUGUUUUGCAGUCGAUUGUUUGGGCCAUAGUGGUGGUAUUGCGAUGCUUUGGAAGGUUGGUGAGGAGGCUUCUUUGAUGAGUUAUGGGCAUAAUCAUGUGGAUAUGGAGAUUUGUCUUUGUGGUCACCCUAAAUUCCGUUUAACGGGGUUCUAUGGGAAGCCAAACCGUAGCCUGAGAGAAGAUUCUUGGAGGAAGCUUAGGCAGCUUGCGAGUGCUUCUUCGUUACCUUGGUGUUUGGUGGAUCUAAAUAAUUUUACUUGGGAGCGAGGUCGUGGGACAGAUAAUUGGGUGGAGGUUCACUUAGACAGAGCUUUAGUUUCACAAGGUUGGUUGUCAUUGUUUGCAAAUGCGAAGCUAUAUAAUCUUGGUCCUUCUGCUUCAGAUCAUGCCCCGUUAUGGUUGAAUCUGGACCUAAGAAAGCGAACAACUUUUACAUACCGUUUUCGUUUUGAAAACGCUUGGACUAGAGAUCCUCUUUGUAGGCAGAUAGUGCAGGACAGGUGGGGGGUCCCUCAUUCAGAUACUCUGUUUCAGAAGAUUCAUUGCUGUAGUACUUCUUUGGCGGAAUGGGGUCGUAACAUUACUGGAAGAUUCAAACAUCAAAUAGCUCGGUUGAAAACUAUCUUGCAGUGGACACAAGGGAGGCGUGAUAGGUACUCACUUCAGAAAUAUAAGGAGACUCAGGCUUUAUUGUUCAAGGCUGGUGACCCCAACACUAAAUUCUUUCAUGCUUCGGCAAAUAAAAGGAGAAGGAGGAAUCAGAUAGUUGCACUUAAGGAUGAUGAGGGUGUGUUACGAGAUUGGGAUAACGGAUUGGGCACGGUUAUGGUAGAUUAUUUCAAGCAUCUUUUUUCAGCAUCUAGCACAGACUGGCAUAGUGUGACGGAGUGUAUAUCGGCAUCAAUUUCAGAGGAUGUGAAUAUGGAUCUAGUGAGGCCCAUUGAAUCUGAAGAAGUAAAGCAGGCCUUGUUUCAGAUGCACCCAGAUAAAUCGCCGGGGCCGGAUGGUUUCUCGCCAGGUUUCUACCAAAAGUUUUGGGAUAUUGUGGGUGAGGACAUUAUUAGCAUGGUUCAGGAUUUUUUCACUACUGGUACCUUUCUAAAUCAUCUUUCAGAAACCAAUAUUGUUUUGAUUCCUAAGAAGUCAGACCCGGAGUCGAUGGGAGAUUUAAGACCGAUUGCUCUUUGUAAUGUGGUCUAUAAAGUGGUUUCGAAGGUGAUGGCGAAUAGAAUGAAGUCAGUGCUUAAGAUGGUGAUUUCAGAAACUCAGAGUGCCUUUGUGCCAGGGAGAUUGAUCACCGACAAUAUUAUGGUGGCUUUUGAGGUAAUGCACUAUCUUAAGAGAAAAGGGUCGGGGAAGGAUGGGUUUAUGGCUUUAAAGCUCGAUAUGAGUAAAGCUUACGACAGGAUUGAAUGGGGGUUCCUUGAAGCUAUGAUGAAAAAGAUGGGCUUUGGGGAUCAUUGGGUGUCGUUGGUCAUGAAAUGUGUUAGCUCGGUCUCAUAUAAGAUUGCUAUUGAGGGACAGGAGUUGGGGCCUAUCGUUCCAACUAGAGGGUUGAGACAAGGAGACCCGCUUUCACCGUAUCUUUUUAUUAUCUAUGCAGAAGGCUUUUCUGCGUUGAUUUCUAAAUUUUUUGGCGAAGGUAGGCUCACAGGGUGUAAGUUGGCAAGAGCGGCUCCUGUGAUAUCGCAUAUGUUGUUCACUGAUGACAGCUAUUUGUUCUGUAAAGCAUCAAUGGAGGAGGCAGUUCAUGUGAAAGAAUUACUCCACUCUUAUCAGGUGGCCUCAGGACAACAAAUCAACUUAGCCAAAUCAUCGGUGUUUUUUAGCACGAAUACCAGGAUUGAGACGCGCCAAGACAUUUGUACAGAGCUCCAUAUUCCUGAGGUAGGCCCAUAUAGCAUGUAUUUGGGGCUGCCAAAUACUCUGGGAAGGAAUAAAUCUGUGUUGUUGGGCUAUAUUAAGGACAAAAUGAGGAAAAGAAUUGAGCAGUGGGAGGGGCGCUUAUUAUCUAAGGCUGGGAAGGAGGUUUUGAUUAAAACUGUUGCUCAGGCGUUGCCCUCUUAUGCCAUGAAUUUUUUCUUGCUCCCUCUAGGCUUAUGUAAAGAGAUGGAGAUGCUUAUGAGUCGGUACUGGUGGCGUUCUUCCUCAAGCAAUGGUAGAGGAAUUCACUGGCGGAAAUGGGAUUCAUUAACAAUGCACAAGGUUAAGGGAGGUAUGGGUUUUAGAGAUCUUCAUGAUUUUAAUAGAUCUCUCUUAUGUAAACAGGGAUGGCGUUUACUCACUAAUCCAAAUUCGUUAGUGAGUCGCACUUUCAAAGCUCGUUAUUACCGAAAUGGGAAUUACUUAAGUGCUGAACUUGGGUCUAAUCCAAGUUAUAUUUGGAGGAGUAUAUGGGAAGUGAAGGCUUUAGUAAAAAGUGGAGCACGUUGUCGAGUUGGGAAUGGGGAGACUAUCAUUAUUAAUUCGGACCCAUGGGUCCUAGAUAGGGAUAACCCCUGGGUUACUUCGGUACACCCUGCUUUGAUUGGAGCAAAAGUCUCUUCUUUGCUGCUUGUGGAUAGCCGCGAAUGGGAUGUGGAUUUGCUUAAGGACCUGUUCAAUGACCGAGAUUUGAGAUGCAUUCUUAGCAUUCCUUUAAGCAAUAAUCGUCCUAUGGAUAGCUGGUUUUGGUCCUUGGAGCCUUCUGGGUUUUUCACUAUUAGUGUAGCUGGGUUAAAUGAUGAUCAGAGAGCUCAAGCAUUUAUGCUCUGUUGGGCGGUUUGGAGAAGGAGGAAUGAUUAUGUGUGGCGAAAUCGAAGAGGCACAAACCAUGGUGUGCUUCUCACGGCUGAUUCGUCAUUGCUAGCCUGGGUUCAAGCCCAAGAUCGUGAAAUUGCACCUCUGCCCAACUUUUUAUCUCCUGCUGACGGCCGAUUGUCGUGGGUCAAACCACCUCUUGGUGCGCUAAAGAUUAACGUAGAUGCAGCAAUCUUCUCUGCGGCGGCCACUUAUAGUUUUGCAUGCAUUGUUCGUGAUCAUGAGGGAGCUUUUGUGGAGGCCUUCUCUGUGUGCCGCGCUGGGGUUGUUUCUCCGGGAUUGGGUGAGGCGUUGGGUGUCCGGGAGGCUUUGAGUUGGAUAAAGAAAAGGUCUUGGCAGCAAGUGGAGAUCGAAACUGACAGCUUGCUGGUUGUUCAAGCAUUAAGGAUUUCUACUUCGAUGGCCUCUUACUUUGGGGUCGUUAUAGAUGAAUGCAAAGCCCUUUGGAAGGAAUUGGUUUCUGUUUCAAUUUAUUUUGUUAAACGUUCUGCAAAUGAAGUUGCCCAUGCUUUGGCAAAAGCUUCUUCUACAGUGGCUGAACGUAUGUUAUUGAAGGAGAAUAUCUCCUCUAUUGUGUUGGAUGUAUUAUUGAAAGAUUGUUGCUAA